GCGAACAACUCGCGUGCAGCAAACCAUGUACAUCCAUUCAAUGCGAUCUUCCGCAAUCUAACGUGAAUGAGAAGGUCGCGACAUGCUAUGCAUGUCAUCAUACUCUGGUGCUUCCGUAAAGAACUUGAAGAAGACAGUGAAAGCGGGAGGCGGCGCACCUCCGGGAAGCUUAUUUGGCUAGUCCGCUUACAGACUUGAUGGUGGACGCAACACCAAGCGACAAGCUCAGCAUUACACAAACCACUACUGGCGACAACCAUCAACGCGCGACAACCACCAUCGCCCCGUCCUGGUCGUCCGCGAUACUCGCAUGAGCGCCCUCUGAACAACCGAAAGCGGCCCCCGCCGGGCCCGCCGUGCGCACCACAGCUUCAAACCACUCCUUCGUCAUAUUCCCUUAUGUUGACAAUCACACAACCGCACGUCGACUUCUCCCCGGUUCAGCUCGCGCUGACUUCGCAUUCCUGCCAUGCCUCCUGCGAGUGGCAAGCGCAAACGACCCGAGCGGCAGCACUCCGAUGAUUCGUCGCAUGCAUCACCAUUUCGUCCUGAGAAAUCGCGAAUGGCAUCACGAGGAGCCUCGAGAAGAAGCAGCGCUGUCAUGGAGGAUGGUAUCGAAGAGUCGAACACAUCGACAUCACCCAUGCCCGCGAACGGGAGCACGCAAGAUGCCUCGCGCCUAGAAACGCCAGCCGAGAAUGGCGAUACACCAGUACCCGGGAUUACUCCUAGCGCCAACGGGCAGGCAACUGGGGACGAUGUGGCCGUGGACUCGCGAUCGCCUUUUGAAUAUUCUUUCCUUGGAGACGAGACCGUGGUAGCAUGGGCGGAAUCCGGCAGUCAGGCAACGCUGGACAUGGCCUCAUCUUUAGGAGAACUGGAGACGAGCGAUCUCGUUCAGGAGCUUAUUCGGUCGGCAUUGGACGGUAGAUUGACUGGACAGCAAGCUGGUCAUUUCGUCCGGGACCUCAUCGCAGCGAGGGCUCAAGACGGAAGCGUUGAUGUCGAAUUUCUAUUCCUCAACAACUUAUCCUUUCUCUUCGAAGCCAGUCAUCGUGGCAAUGCCCUGAAGGCCCUCCUGGCCGCUACCGGCAUCGAUCAACAAACCAUGCGACUGGAACUCGAUAUACCAUUGCUCCAAGAGCUAGGCCUCGUGCGCAGCACUUUCGACAAGAUGAAGACACGGAAGACCACCAACAUGCUCUAUCGCCAGGCAAACUUCAACCUGUUGCGAGAGGAGAGCGAAGGGUACGCGAAGCUGAUCACAGAAUAUUUUAACACAGCGCAACAGGCUUUCGCCAAACGCGACGGGGAUCCUUACAUCGCCGAAGAUGCGGUCCAACGGGUCCAAGCGCUAGUAGGAGCCUUCGACCUCGAUGUCGGCCGUGUCUUAGACAUCACUCUCGACGUCAGUGCGGACCUACUUGUAAAAGCGUACCCUUUCUUCAUGAAGUUCUACCGUGCGAGUUCGUGGUGGCCCAGCAACGAGACCGUCGACAACGUCCAAUGGGAAGAUCAAGGCUUCAAUUCGCUACCGACGUGGUGUCUGCCAGGAUCUGGAAGAUCUGCAUUCACCGAGACUGAGCGAGAGCAACUGGCAGCGCUAAGGCAGAAACGAGACGUUCAGUUCUGGGAGUAUGUGCGCCAAACUCGCACCAAGGCUUUUUUUGAGCUUGGUGCAAGAAAGAUUGUCGAUUUCGAUACAGUCCGCCCGCUUCUUGAACAAGAAGCUGCACCGGAGCUCGAUGCCAGGGGCAAGGAAUCGAACCCAAACAAACGGCAACGUGUGAACGAAGAUCGCAAAUACAUGCGAGAAACUGGAUACCUCCCACCACCCGGCAAUUUCGAGGCGGCUCAGCUCCUCGGUUUCAAGCUGCGAUUUUAUGCUUCUGAUGCACGCAAUCCAGAUGACACACUACCAGACAAUCUGAUCUAUCUUACGGCGCUUCUCAUCAAAAUUGGAUUCGUGUCUUUACGCGACCUCUACCCUCACCUGCAUCCGAGUGAUGAUGAUAUGCUAGCAGAGCGGAAACGACUCGAGAAAGAGAAGGCAGAAAAAGAGGCAAAAGAUCGUCCCGGAGGUGGGAUGAAUGCUCUUCUGGCGGCUGGUGCCUUGCCAGACGAAGGGCCGGUCUCGAAGAAUCCUCGCCUCGAACUCAACAAGAGCGGCGGCGCAACGCCGUCACAAGAGAAGAAAGACGACAACAAGCCUGAGCUGCCUAGCCCUACAAACCAGAAGAUUUUCCUGCUCAAGGCUCUUCUGCUUAUUGGGGCACUCCCUGAAGCUCUUUACAUCCUCGGCCGUUUUCCCUGGUUGACGGAAGUGGACACCUCUCUCCCCCCGUUCUUGUUCCGCAUAGUACGGCACAUGUUGAGCAAAAUGACCGAGCUCACGAAACCGACUCUGGACACGAAUCCUAUCAGACAGACACGUGACCGUCUCAUCAAUACCACAUCGCAAGCGGAUGGCCGACUACCAGUGGCUUCUUGGUCAGUCAAAAAGCCAAUACGGUGGCUGCACAACGAUGUCUUCAGCGAGUCCGGUGAAGAGUACAGGCACUACUACAGCGACUGGAGCGACAAUGUACCAAUCUGUCAGACGCCAGAAGAUGUCUUCCUAUUGUGCGACACAUUCAUCGGCCUCCUCGGACCAAAAAUCGGACAAGAUACGCAGAUCUAUGGCACACUUCUCCGUCUUGUUGAACAGAGCUUGGCGAACGAUUCCUCAGCUCCGAACCGUGCGCGCUGUCUAUCGUUGAUGCGUCGCCUGCUCCUACCAGCGUUGAGCUGUGGCACACACAAUCCGCAGCACAGCCAGCAGGUCUAUGACCUUCUCAAGACAUAUUCCUUAUCGACCCGCUACAACGUCUAUGCGGAGUGGUUUCAGGGCGCCACUUCGAGACAGCCCGACGUGCGUGUCGCUUUUGCACGCAACAAGGCAGAGGUUCGGGACGUCCUCCGUCGGGUAUCCAACGAUACUGUCAGGAAGCAAGGCCGAGCCCUAGGCAAAGUGUCUUUGGCAGCUCCGGGCAUCGUUGUGACUGAGAUGAUCAGUCAACUCGAAGUCUACUCCAACAUGAUUCCAAGUCUGGUUGAGUGCACCCGAUAUUUCUCGCCCAUGACUUUCGAGGUGCUCACUUGGGCGCUUAUCAACUCGCUCAGUGGCAAUGGUCGAAGCCGUAUGCAAGGCGAUGGGAUGCUGACCAGUCCUUGGCUUCAAGCAUCGUCACGUUUUGUUGCCAAUCUUUUCACCAAGUACACCUAUCUCAACCCUACGCCAAUACUGCAGUAUUUGGCAUCGAGAUUGCGUGUUGGGGAAACGACCGACCUGGAGAUGCUCGAACAAAUAUUGAUUGAGAUGGCUGGCAUUCGUGCUGACGUGGAGUUCAACGACGCCCAAGUUGUGGCAAUGGCAGGUGGUGUGUCGUUGCAGAGUUACAUUCUCGAGCAGCUCUCCGACAAGAGGCACACGAAAGAAAAGGAGAAGCCAUCAAGACGUCUCAUCCAGUGUCUCAACAACUCUGGUCUGGUCGGCCAGCUCUUGAUUGCCAUGGCACAAGAUCGCAAGUUGUACGGGCACGGGGAUGAGCUCCACUAUGCGCCUCUCAAAGUGAUCACGAACAACCUGGACAAGAUCUCUGCCGUUUUUGCUCAAUAUCUUGAGACUUUGAAGUGGCACCUUAAACCACAGGAGCUGGAAGCAGCGUUACCGGAAGUUGGGGCACUCGUGCGAGACUUUGGUAUCGAUCCCGACGUGGCGCUCGUGAUGCGGCGUGUGGCUAUUCGCAGCCGUAUGAAUGAACACGACACGGCUAAGAAGCAGGACAGCGACAAAAAGGAGAAGACGGAAGACUCCACAGCUGACAAGCACGGUGAUGUCGUAAUGAACGACGACAGCACUGGUGGCACCCUGGAUGGAGACAAUGCUCACCAUGCGGAUCCACAGUCCUCUACAGCCGAUGACAGCUCCGAGCAAUCGGCCCCCAGCCCCUGGCAUCCUGUGCUCGCGGCAGUCAUACAGCAACUCACCGAGGCGCUUCCAGAUCUCGCGACUCGAGUCAGCGUUCCAUUCUACGUUACCUUCUGGACCCUUACACAUCAAGACAUUCUCGUGCCAACCGACAGCUACCAGAAGGAGACGAACCGCAUUGAACAGGAGAUCAAGCAGAUCAAUGCUGAUCGCAGUGAUGUCACCAGCAUCGUGGCUAAGGAACGUGAUGCUCGAAAGAGGACUCUGCAAAAAUGGUUUGACAGUCUCAAGUCAGAGCCAAUGCAACACAUGGCUUCAUACAUGGCCGUACGUAAUCGAAUCAGUGGCAGCAAAAUUGGCAAUAAGGUGAUCCCGGGCGAGAACGCGUACUGGUUUCCAAAAUCAACGGCCACGGAUCAGCAGCAGAUCAAAGCUGAGAAUGAUGGCAAACAUCAAGCUUUAUUGCAGGAAUGCUUCCUUCCUCGAGCGAUGAUGUCCGCCGUUGACUCGCACUACGCUUUCGAGAUGCUGAAGCUGAUGCAUACAAACGGCACUCCGGGGUUCAGCUUGAUGCAUCUUCUCAUUAAUCUUUUCAAGAAGAAGCAACUCACUUCUCUGAUUUUUGAGGCUACGCAGAAUGAAGCUCAGCACCUUGCACGCUUUUUGCUGGAGAUUUUGAAGCUUCUGCACCGCUGGCAUUCGGACAAGUCAAUGUAUGAAAAGGAGGCUCUGGGACUUAAGAAGAAGCUGCCUGGCUUCGUGCGCCAGUUCGAGGAGAACGGCGAGCCGAAGCUGGUAAUGGACUGGGAGUUGUUCCGCAAGAUGCUCUUCAACUUUCACUCCGCACUCAAUGGGGCACUUCAGACCUGCUUCGAAUCUGGAGAGUACAUGCACAUCCGGAACGGUAUGACGGUUCUCAAGGGCAUUCAUCAAUUCUUCCCGGCCCUCAAAUUCAUGGGUAAGAACAUGAUGGAACAGGUCGAGAGGCUGUCCAAGGAGGAAUCACGGAGCGACUUGAAGCUGUCUGCUAUGUCAUUGCGUGGACCCCUCCUGGGCAGGGAGAAGCAGUGGGUCCUGCCGCAAGCCUUCAGGCUGGGCGAAGUCUCGAAAGAGGGCCGCAAGUCGUCGUCCUCUCGGCCGGAGACACCUCAAUCAGCUUCCAACAAGCUCAGUGCAACUGCUCCUGACUUCAAGCCAUCGACCACCAAUGGCGCGCCAAGGAAGGAGUCGGCUGUGGAAGACGGUGAGAUCGAGGACGAGAAGAUUGCUGCGGCCAAAGCAGCGAAUAUCGCUUCUAUUGCUGUCAAGGAGCCUACUGAGAAGCAGUCCGGCAGCAAAGAAGUGCCCAAAUCGAAGGAGUCGAGAUCGUCCCGGCCAACGGCCGCACGCGAUGCACCUCGCAGUGAGUCAAAGCCAUCGACGCCGGUACCAUCACAGUCGAGGACCGCCUUGCCGCCGUCGCUUCCGCACCGUCCCGACUCAAGAGAUGCUUCGACCCGGACGGAAAGCUCAAGACCACCGCGAGAUCUGCCCCAAAGACCCGAAGAAUCAGCGUACAGUCGGUCACACUCCGGUCAGCCUAACAAUCGAAAUGUUAGUCGUUACGGUGAUCGUCAAGACGAUCAUUACAAUAGGGUUGAUAGAGGAGGUGAGGCACGCCCUGCUUCUCGAGAUCAGUCACCAAGUCACCGCACAGCGACGGGCAGAACAACGCCGAUGGGUGCCCGAGGAUCUUAUCGCGAUGAACGUCCGUACGAGCGUGGACCCUCAGAUGGUCGUUAUGCUCGUGACGAACAGCAUGUGUCGCGCAGAGAGCCGAGUGCUCACCAUAGCAGAGACGCACCUGAUCCACGAGAGCGGGUGGGCUCCUCAAAUCGCCCUUCGGAAGGCGGCAUGCACCCUGACCGGAUGGGACAUCUGUCCUCAGUCGCCGUCACUCCGGAAACACAUCGCACGCCAGCGAUUACGUCCAGUUCUGCCCCUGCACAGCAACAGGAGCAAGUGCCAGUCAAUCCUGCCCGCUUGGCACUUAUCAAUCAGGACUCUUCGGCAACUGCGAGUCCACGAUCAGGUAGAGAUCGACCACAUGCGGAUCAUGACCAACGCCGCGACCGAGGCGGGCGACCAGACGAGCAUGGUGGCGCUACAAGCUUUCCGCCACGAUCUGACAGUCGCUCCAAUGCGCGCCAUAACGACAGUCCUCGCGAUGCUCAGAGCAGGUCCGAGCCUCAGCAAGAUCUGGCUCCGCGCGGUCCUAGGUCCCGCGGGGGCCGACUGCAAGAAAUGCCACCACCCUCCCAGGAAUCGACCUAUGGCCGUUUGAACGCCCCAGCUGAUCCGCCUUCGGGCCCUAAGAAUGGCCCGGCAGGUAGAAGCGGACGUAACUUCACGACUCCACAAGCGAGCCCAGCAUCUGCGCAAUCACCUACGAUGGGCAGAGCACCCGAUCAACCUGCCCCUCGGGGGCCAUCUCGGCAGCCGAGUGGCUCUAUACAACAGAUGGAACGCGGGCCCGCGCCUAAUUCUGCCCCGAGCACCCCUGCAACUGAGAGCGGACCUCCAGUUCACCCCAGUAGGCUUGCGCACCUUGGACAACAGCCUUCGCCUAUCCAGACUAAUUUUGCACCCAACGGGCCCCGCAGCGGAGGUUUGAACUCUCCGGCAGCAGCACCUCCAUCAGCACCUCGUGGACCAGGGCGCAAUGGGCCUUCAUCCAGCACGCCAACAGGACCUUCCCCUUCCAAUACUCUACCACCUUCAGGUCCCGCAACAGCUGCGGAGAGGCAGCAGAGGAAUCGCCAACGCGAUCGCAUCAAUGCUACGCUGCAGGAUAAUGGCACGCAACCGGGUCAAGGUGUGCAAUUCCGAGGUGCAUCCUCCAGACAAUCGAGCAUAUCCGGCGGUCCUGCGAUUGCCUCGUCUAUGGCGCCUCCUGUUGCCCCGUCCUCGGAUCUCUUCCAGGGUCGACAGGAUCGUGCAGAAGAUCGUGGUCACCGACAUCGCGACGAUACACGACAGUCGAACAGUCGUCAUCCCAGCCGUGAGCGAUCGCACAAUGAGUCGACAUUCGGUCCAGGCCAUGCUCCUCCACCACCAGCUAACCCAGCCGAUGAGGGACGCAGCAGGCGAGAUGGACCACGGGAUUCGCGCCAUCCGCGUGAAGAUCGACCUCGCGAGGCGCCGCGAACCGACCAGAGAGGUCCGGAGCGUCAGGGACCUCGUGCAGAUGAAGGUCAUACACGUCGUGGACCACCCUAUCCGUCUGGCUCGUUUGGCGGUCCUCCAUCAGCACAAUACCAGAAUGAUCCCCGACAAGGCGGAGGUGGCCGCAUGGCACCGUCUGGACCUCAAGCCGACAUGCGAGGUGGGCCACCACGACGUGAAGACGAGCGGAGGGACCCGAGCGGCAGAACGAUGGGACGUGAAGACAAUGGGCCGCCAGGGAGCUUAGAUGUUCGAAAGCGUCGACAUGAGGAUCCUCAACAAGGAUUCGACCCGUCAAAGAGAAGAAGAAGAAGCGGAAGACCAUAGCGUGUUAAGCCGUAGAAGGCACACUUUUUGUCUAGACGUUUCAGCAGCAUGAGCGAGCGGUCUGAGCAUGGGGAACUUGUAAAUUGGAAAUUAUACUUGUAACAUUGAAUCGAAAGAUACCCAGCGUUGUAGCCUUUCUGCAGUCUCGACUAGCUAUUCUAUCAGACAGUCGAACUAGCAUUUGUCUUGGCG